ACUCCACUCUGCGCCCGGCUACACUCCACAUCGUACCGGAGCUCCCAGUCCCUCCACCGUGUUUCCAAUCCUACUUUUUAAUCGCUCUUUUCACUUUUUUCGUUGGAGCAUCCCGCGCAACGAAACUUCCUUAACCCAUCGGGACAUGUGACUGGACAACCCCGCCGCUUCUUUUCGUUUCUUCCCCUAAUCUUUUCCACACUUCUCCAACUGUUUCCAAGCGUUUACAGUUCGCGAAAGACGACUCGAAGAACGAAGAACGACUUGGAACCCACUCGUCGUAGAACAAGAAGCGACUUUGACGAGGAGCCGACGCGAGAGACGAAGAAGCGGCGGCACAGCGCGGUCAGUCAGAGCCGAGAAUCGACGCCAGGACUCGGCCAGCGGUGGGGGGAAACAUGCCGCAGGUGGACAUGCUGCUCGUGGUCUUCGUGCUCGUGUUGCUGGGGGUGUGCGUGUACGGUCAGGACCCGGCUUCCAAGCUCGUGUCGGACCGGUACGUGGUCUACUGGAACCGAACCAACCCCAGGUUCUAUCGCGGGGACUACCACAUCGACGUGUGCAUAAAUGAUUACAUGGACAUCUUCUGCCCUCACUACCUGAGCCCCAUGGCCACAGAACGCGCCGAGCGCUACAUCCUCUACAUGGUCAACUACGACGGGUACACGUCCUGCGACCACACGGGCAAAGGCUUCAAACGCUGGGAGUGCAACCGGCCCCUGUCCCCCAACGGGCCCCUCAAGUUCUCUGAGAAGUUUCAGCUCUUCACCCCCUUCUCACUGGGCUUCGAGUUCCGCCCGGGCAGAGAAUACUACUACAUCUCUCCCAUGACCGACGAGACCCGGAGACGCAGCUGCCUCCGCCUCAAAGUCUUUGUCAGACACACAGAUAACUGUGUGCGCAGCUCGGGCUCGGUGCCGGAGGUGGAGAGUGACCAGAGCAACUACCUGGAGCCCAGAGACGGCACCAGUCACGAGCCUCCCGAACCCUCCCGCCACGACUUCAACUCCUCCCACAGAGCCUCCGCCCACUCGCUCAUCAUAAGCUCCGCCCUCUUCCUGCUGGCCGCCAUUUUGUCCUCAUAGCGCCCCCCGUAGCCUGGGAGAAGGACUGCCCCCUCCCCUUUUUCCGGAGCACUUUUUUUAAACACACAUUUUUGUCUCUGGAAACGCAGAGGCAAAACAAAGGACUUCUACGACGAAGCAAGAAGAAAAAAGAAAAAAAAGAAAAAAAAAAAAAACUUUUUUUGUAGCGAUGGAAGUGAACUGACCUGGUCGCCAUUUUGAGAACUUUUCGAUAUUAAACCACGCGCCACAAUCACUCAUUUUUGUCCACUAAGAAGCACACUAACAUGUUGGAAGUUUACAGACUGUUAACCACGUGUUUUUACCUUUUAACCUGAAGAGCGUUGAAAACUGGGACUGCCAAGAAAGCACGGACUAUUGGUGGACUGUACUCAGGGUCCAGUGUGGGGGAAAGUAGCAGCCAUUUUGUUGUACAGAAGACUAGAAUGUUGUGUUGUUUUUUAUUUAUUGUGUUGUGCCAUUUGGGUUGUAGCCUCACACACUUAGGAAUGCAAUAAGAAUCUUACUGUUUCAUGUUUUUGUAUACACUGUGUUGGAGCGGCUGCAGGACUGGAGACGGCUGGUUUUAGGAUAUAUUGAUACUUUGUAGGGGGGUUUGCAUGUAUGUCUAUGGAGGAAUGUUCAGCAGUUACCAUGGUGACACGAUUACGCACAUUAGCAAACCCAGCCUGUUAAGAUUUUUUUCUGAAAACUCAUGCAAAAAUAUUUGAUUUUCAACAAAAUGGUGAGAGGAAAACAAACAAAACAAAGCUCAGAUUUAAGUUUAACUUGAGUAAAAAAACUUCAGACAGAGCAGUGCCUGUAGUUAACAUCACACAUCUAUGAAUGUUGAAUCAGUUGCAGUGUCUCAAUUACCGUAUUUUCUGCACUAUUAGACGCUCUGGAUUAUAAGGUGCACUGUCACUGAAUGGUCUAUUUUUGAAUUUUUUUCACAUAUACCGUAUUUUCUGGGCGAUUAGCCGCGGUCUUAAGCCUAUAACCGCAUCAAAAAACAACCGCGUGCCCCGCAAUCCAGAGCGCCCUGUACACGUAUCCACUCGGGUGUCCCAGCACGACUUUAGUAAACUACAAAGCCGAACACACAGACACACACGGAGCAGACAGUGACCGCACAGCGAAAAACACCCACAGACACACUCAUCACUCCACACCGACGAGGAAUGGAACGGAGGAACGAACCGAUGUGCCACUUCUAGACACGACUGAACAACUGAGUCACUGUGAACACGCCGACAAUACAGCGACAGACAACACCCUCCCUACACGCCACAACUGAACAAAGCCCAGAGUCACCGUGAACGAACAAACAAACAAAACCACUCACCCAUCACACUGUUGGGUUUCCUUUAAAGUCCGGUGCGGUUUAUUUGUGAAAGAAGUUCGAAAAAAGACCAUUUAAUGACAGUGCGUCUUAUAACCCAGAGCGACUAAUCAUCUGUAAAAUAUGGUAAACCGCACCGGACUAUAAGGCGCAUUAAACCAAACACAACAGUUAGAUAAGUCAUCAAACUUUACUUAACGUGUUCACAGUAACUCUCAACUUUGUUCAAUUGUAACGUAAAAAAAAUAAAUAAAAUUGUCUGAGACGCUGAAUUGUUCGUGUAGUCACAAUAAGUCAUAAUAGUUGAAACAGUUGGGUGAUUCCUGCGUCCACACGUCCACAUCCCUCUGUCAUUCUCCAAGUCAGUGUGGUUACUGUUCCCUGGAGUUCAGUUCAGUGAUGAUUCUGGUCUUGGUGAAGCUCGGAUCACAGUUGAUCCUGAUCCUUAACCCGGGCGUCCACGAUCCGUUGGCAGAUUGUGGCGUAAGUGGCUCGGCGCUGUCUCUCUGUCUUGGUGAAUGUGUGUUCUCCUUCUCUCAUCCACUGCUCCCACACAGCUCACACUUUCACUUUAGAACAGCCUUGAGUUUAAAGUGGGUGUUGUGAGCGUGUCUCUGGACAGGAGCAUUUUGAUAUUAAAAGGAAUCACAGUCUGUAUUACUCCUGAUGCUCCUGACUACGGGAGCUGUAACGCUGCAAGUGGAGCGGCUUUGUACUUUACUAAAGUCGUACUAAGACAAACCAAUAAAUUCAUAGAUAAGACGCUCUGGAUUAUAAGGCACGCACUCAUUUUUGGAUGAAAUUAAAGGAUUUUAAGUGCGCCCUAUAGUGCAGAAAAUACGGUAGAUAAAUAAAGUGUUGUAUUGUUGUAGUGCAAUAUCUGAUUAUGGAAAAGAAUGAUCUCCGUCCCUUCACAAAGAUUCAGUCGCCUUUUAUGUUUUAGCAAGGUUCAGAUCUUCAUAUAACAUGUGUAAAAUGAUGAUGUGUUUGUUACUUUAAUGAUGUUGUAGUUGUCAUCCUGCAGUUUCAAGGUGCAUUGUGUAACUUUUCUGGAUGCUUUUCAUUAUGAAGAUGUUAUUGCUUUGUCCUAAAUAGAGUUUUGACUUUAGACUUCAGAUAAAUUUUGCUCCACAGUAUGGCAUUAAACCUUUCUAUCUUCAUGGAGACCAAACCAGACCGGGUGUUUUUGAGCUAUAAACCCACUUGUGAUUGAAUACGUGCUGAAUACUUGAAUGCAGCCGUUUAAUGUCACACUGUGGAACAUUCCGAAGAACAGAACAGUAACAUCUCCAUAGAAACAAGCAGGUGACAGACCAAACCACAAGCGAAAAGUGACACAGCGCACCUUUAAGAGCUUUGUAUGUAAUCAAAUCUGACUCCAAAAGGUUGCGUUCACGUGACAUGAGCACACUCAGCAGACUCCCUGUGGAUGAACCCGAGCUGAGGCAGGUCACGGCGCUCACGUGGAUUUUGCUGUGGAACUGUCAGAUCACACAUUUGUUGACCUGGUUUAUGGUUCAUAUCUCUGUAAUUCCUGAGCCUAUCCGCAAAAUCCAUGAAACAAAAACGGACAAAGAGUUCAACAUCUUCUCCAUCAGUAUGCAAAGACUCUAAUCUGUGUCGCAAGUUUGUGGAGCUCAUCCCAAACAGAUAAUGAGAAGGUUCAACAUUUGUGGCUCUGAAGUUUGAAGAUUUCUUCCAAACACACUGAAUCUGACAGAGAGUUCUUCAUUAUUAUAGGAAUUAUUAUCAUCAAAUUAGCAUCAAAUUGUAGAACGUGAAUGCAGCCCGUUGGAGUUUUGUGCACUAUGUGACUGUUCCGGUGGAGACUUGUUUGCCACCUGCUGGUCUCCAUGACGAUGUUCUUGCUUUACCUUGACUGUUCCACACUAUGGCAUUAAACAUAUCUAACAUUCAGUUACAGGUGUUUUAUUGCUA